AGAAUAGUGAGUUGUCUCCUCGACUAAAGUCACCAACUCCCUACCUUCAAUCAAGGAUGCUCUAUCAACCUAGGCAGAUAUUCUCAUUCUAGGUUAAAGCAGAAACAACAGGAAUUUGAUCAGGAUUCAUGCCAUUCAAUCAUUCAAACCUCAAUUGAAUAUAAUCAACUCAUAGAAUCAGUACUUGGGUUCAUACAAUCAGACCUAACAUACAAAUCUAGGGUUCUCCAUACCUAGAUGAAUGGGAGAACUACUCCAUGGAGAAGAAGCAAAAGCAGAAUCAGACGCGGAAAUCAUACUGUGAAGGAUGGAUUUCUGCUCCUGGACGUUGAUCGGCACUUCUCCAAACUCAAGCCACGCUUCAAUGGUGAUGAAGAUCAAGCUAGGGCACUUGGAGACUCUUGUUUGUUGCUUUCUCUCUCUAGGAAUCGCUCUGUCUCUCUAAAACUCGAAUCCCCUUCUGUUUUGGCUGAAAUCUGCCUAAAAGGGCAUCACUCGACAAAACACGGUCGAGGGCACGGCCGUGUUCUGCUCCAGCCCGCCCGUGUUUUGCCAAGUGUUAAAUACACGGCCAGACUUUUGGGGAAAACACGGGCGUGCUUUUGGUGGACACUGUCGUGUUCUGUCUCAGCCCUGCCCGUGUUUUGAGCUAGUGUUUGCCAAACUCAGAUAAAGUCUCGACAGUAAAAGCACGGUCUAGGAACACGGCCGUGUUCUGAUUUAGGCGUGCCCGUGUUUUGGCUCCAGCUCGACCGAAUGACUUCCGAAUGCCCCGAAACUCGUGCUUAGCCUUUCCUUUGACGCCUGGGACCUGAAAUAUGACAAAGUAGCACAACCCGGCGUAAAAUAGGCCAAAAAUACACGACUAUGCCCCUCAAACGGAUAAGAACUAGGGGUGCAAAUACGUGCAAUUACAUCGUUAUCAGAAGGCUGCCUCCGAGGUGUCUUCUCCUUAUGAAGAACCUCAGAUUUUUGAAGUUAGGCGGCUUCCCGAGGAAAUAAGCAAACUGCAGAGUGAAGCAAUGCUCAAGGCCACGUAGGGCAAGUGGUGGCGGCCUUUGAGGGCGACAUGACCCUUAAUGGGUGUGGAGAUGAGGUGGGUGUGAAGUUGUCUAUGGGUCAACGGCCCAUUAAAGAUGUUGAUGCGGCUCUGACUCCGGAGAGGGAAAUGAUCUCCAAAUUGAAUGAAUAUGGGACAAAUAUCCUUGACUCUGGAGCAUGAGGGAUUACAAGAGAUUUCGAAGAGAUGGGAGGGGAUAUGGAGGACUCUCCUAACCCUAAGAAACAAUUUGUUGAAGAAAUUUCCAAUGAUGAUAAGGUGGAGGAAGCCAGCCUGGAGUGGCCCCCAUCGGUCAAAUGAGGCUGCUUGCCUGGAAUGUGAGAGGAAUUGGACCAUCCCUCACCUUCCAAACUGCUGUAGGUUUAAUUCAUUCCAAUAAACCGGACCUUGUCUUCUUUUUGGAAACAAGAUCGAGCCGGGGAGUAGUGUCCCGCAGGAUGCGAGGUUUAGGGUUCAAUUUGCAUAAUUGUUUUUUUUUUUUUUGUUGAUGCCAUCGAUACUUCUAGUGGUUUAGUUGUAGCUUGGUCGAGGUCGAUGCUUUGGUGUUUUUUCAUUCGGAUUUCUCCAUUUGUGUUCGGAUUAAUGAAAGUUCUUUCUCUUAUGUGGUGAUUUGUGUUUAUUUAAGUUGCCAUGAAAGCCGAUGGGCUACCCAAUUGGAUGUACUCCGACAGUUGUGUGAUGAGAUACACCUGCCUUUUGUACUGUUAGGUGAUUUCAAUGUGACUUUGAGUGAAACGGAAAAAUAUGGUGGGAACCCUUGGAUGGCGACCCUGACAAUUCCCCUCCGAAACUUUAUUCAUGACCUUGGUCUUAUGGAUCUGGGAUACCAGGGGGACCAAUUCAUCUGGACUAACAAACGGAUGGGGGCGGCUUGCAUUCGUGAAAGGUUGGAUCGAGCACUUUGCUCACCGACCUGGAUAUAUACUUUCCCUGACACCCUUCUCAAGCAUUUUAGGGAUCAGGGUUCUGACCAUCGUGCCCUAAUACUUUCGGAUAAACCAUACACCUGGCAAAGUCGGCCUCUUUUCCGCUUUGAUGCUCGUUGGCUGAUAAUCCUGAAGUUAGGGCCAUGGUCACCAAUGUGUGGUCGGAAGAGGUUCAUGGUUCCCCUAUGUUUAUUUUGUGGGAGAAAUUAAAGAAGCUAUGACAUUUACUUUAUGAUUGGAGUCGGGCUAGUACUACGAAUUCUCUCAGGAAUAUUAAGAUCCUCAAUGCGAAAUCGAUCGGGUUAGGCAUUGUUACCCGAUAGACUGGGAGAAAGUCAAAGAGUUGGAGUUUGAAUUGAAUCGACAAUGGGAAGCUGAGGAAGCCUAUUGGCAACAAAAUUCUAGAGUGCGGUGGCUAAAGAAGGGUGAUUAGAACUCCUCUUACUUCCACACGGUGACCCGGGCGCGUCGGAAACAUAAUUUUGUUGAAGGGCUCCAUAAUGCGGAGGGGGAGUGGGUUACAGAGGAAAGAGGAAAAGCGGACAUCGCAACCGGUUUCUACCAACAGCGGUUUACCUCUGAGUCCCAAGUGCAUAACAUGGAAGCCCGAAUUGCAGACCUCCCGAUUGACUGCAAGGUCACUAUGGAAAUGAAUAACUCUCCCACAGCAGAAGUCUUUCCCGAGGAGGUCCGGCGAACAGUGUUCUCCAUGGGAUCUAAACAAGCGCCUGGUUCGGAUGGGUUUACUGGGAAACUUUUUAAAGCUUUCUGGGAUAUAGUGGGUGAGUCAGUGAUUGCUGCGGUCAGGCAUUUCUUUAAUACGAGCAGGAUGCUCCGCAGUUUCAAUCAUACGUGGCUCACACUUAUCCCGAAAGUGGAUAAUGUGGACAACAUUAAGUAGCUGCGACCCGUCAGCCUCUGUCAAUUUGUGUACAAGAUCAUUACUAAAAUUCUGGCAGAGAGGUUGACCCAAGUUUUACCACAGAUUAUCUCCGACGGACAAAAUGCUUUUAUCAGGGAAAGGCACAUUGUGGAUAAAAUUCUCAUCGGCCAUGAGUUAAUGCACUAUUUGAAACUCAAAAAGUGGGGCAAGAAAGGGUACAUGGCUCUAAAGAUUGACAUGGAAAAGGCCUAUGACAGAGUCGAAUGGCCCUUCCUCCUUGCGAUUUUAAGAAAAUUAGGCUUUAAUUCUACAUGGUGUGGAUGGGUUCAUGAAUGUCUCCGAUCAACCUCCUUCUCCGUUCUUAUGAACGGUACCCCCUCUGGGUUCUUUGCCCCGUCCCGUGGGCUAAGACAGGGGGACCCUCUUUCCCCGUUACUGUUCAUGCUCUGUACGGAAGGGUUUGCGGCUCUUCUCCGUCAGGCUAUUGCUUUGGGAAAGCUUGAAGGGGUGAAGGUGGCUCCCAGGGCGCCUAGGAUUUCGCAUUUGUUCUUUGCGGAUGAUUCAUAUUUGAUUCUUCGAGGCUCACUUCAAGAGUGUGAGAACUUGAUCGAAGUGCUUAAUACUUAUGAGGAACUCAGUGGCCAACGAGUUAACCUAGAUAAAUCAGCAGUCUGCUUUAGCAAGAAUAUCUCUCUGCUUGACCAGGAAUUCCUUGCGGAAAUUCUGGGGGUUGGAGCAGUAGAGGUCCAGGAUAAAUAUCUGGGAUUGCCGACGUUGAUUGCGUGAUCAAAAAUGGCCACAUUCCGGUUUUUGGAACAGAAGCUGCUCAGCCGACUUCAAGGAUGGAAGCAGCGGACGUUGUCUUGGGCAGCGAAGGAGACCCUGAUUAAAUCAGUCGCUCUAGCAUUGCCCCUACAUGUGAUGUCAUGCUUUAAGUUGCCCCUGUCCCUUUGUCGCCUCUUGGAUAGGCAAGUGGCUCGCUUUUGGUGGGGGUGGAAGGGGGUCGUUCACGAAUUAGGUGGGUUUCCUGGCGUAAGAUGUGUACUAGUAAGCAUGAUGGUGGUAUGGGCUUCCGUAGGUUGAGCACUUCAAUCAGGCUUUGUUAGCCGAAAUUGGGUGGCAAAUUUUGUCGGAACCUCAAUCACUGCUCGCUCAAGUCUACAAAGGAAAGUACUUCCCGCAUGGGGGUUUCCUCUCUGCUUCAGCCAGGUCUCGUCCUUCUUGGGGGUGGCAGAGCAUCCUGUAUGGCCGUCAAUUGCUUACCCAAGGCCUGAGGUGGCAAAUAAGGAAUGAUCGGAAGGCUUCUCUCGUCUCUGAUAGUUGGGUUCCGUUCACUCACCCUUCUGCCCUACUUUUAAUCCACAGGUCCUUCCGGCUGGGGGGAGGGGGGGUCUUAAGGUGGCUGUUGUAAUCUAUCAAGGAGAGGGUAGGUGGAAUUCAUUUUAUUUCUAAAGAUUUGAAUAUGACAUUCCAAACAUAAAAUUUCAAUUGACAAUGAAUUUUACAUGGUAAU